AUGAAAUAUCAAAGCGUAAUUCUAAUACUAUGCGUGGCGGCGUGCUCUGGUGAGUUCGUGGAUGAGCUGCAGGUCUUCGAAGAAGAUUGCAUGGGAGAAGACAAGUUUCCUUGCAUGGGGGGCGGCUGUAUCUCCCAUUUACAAUACUGUGAUGGCUUCGUGGAUUGCGAAGACGGAACCGAUGAAAAUUUUUGCAUAGACCACAAGCCAGAUGAGAUACACUGCAACGAGACGCACCAGUACAUCUGUCAGGACACGAAGAAGUGCAUCCCUCUCACCUGGAUCUGCAACAACGAGGCUGACUGCGACGAUGGCAGUGACGAGGCUAACUGCACUCAGAUACCGUCUGUUUCUAGUAAUUCAACGUGCAAAGGGUUUCCCUGCGGCGACGGCAAAUGUAUCUCGUUUCUGUGGCUGUGCGACGGCGUGUACGACUGUGAGGACAAGAGCGACGAACACGAUGUAGAUUUAUGUCACCUAAUCCCCCGUCGUCCAAAUUUCGACGGUCACUCCUGCCAGGAGUUGUCGAGCCCAGAUGAGAGGAACUACAGGUGUCUGGACUCGUCGUACUGUCUGCCAGCCAGCAUGAUGUGUGAUGGUAUCCAGGACUGCCGGGAUGGUAGCGAUGAAGGACCUUUUUGUGUUAACUGGCACACGAUGUGCACAAACUACAAUUGCUUCGGCAACGACACUGUCUGCGCUCCUGAACGCUUCGGACCCACCUGCCUCUGUCUCCCCUCAGUGUCCAUGACACAGUACAAUUACGUCACAAAACAGUGCGAUGACGUCAACGAGUGUCUGCUAGAACGGCCCCACUGUUCUCAUACGUGUGUCAAUGCUGAUGGACAUUAUACUUGUAAUUGUGAUCCAGGGUAUACGAAGGAUGAGUAUGGAUACCUGUGUUAUGCGGCAGGACCGGAAGCCAUGUUAUUCUUCAGCACUCGCAACGACAUCAGAUAUUUGAAGAUCAAGUCUAAACAGAUGGUCACCGUGGCCACAGGCAUGAAACAGGCCCACGGCGUAUCAUUUGACGGCACAUACAUCUACUGGGUGGAGUCGGCUCAAGGUCAUCAGUCCAUCUUCAAAGCACAACUUGAUGACGUGAAGGAUACUAAGCAGGUACUAGUAGGUCUCGGUCUAGAAGACCCGGGAGACAUCGCAGUAGACUAUCUAGGCGGCAACAUUUACUUCAGCGAUGCGGAGAGAGGGAUCAUCUCAGCGUGUCGAGCUGAUGGCUCCAUAUGUACUACUAUCAAGACUGAGAGCAAACACCCCAGAUUUGUCACGUUGGAUGCGAGGAAUGGCAAAAUGUACUGGGCGGACUGGCAUCAACGUGCUAUCAUAAUGUCCGCCCGCAUGGACGGUAGCCGGCCGGACGUUCUAGUGGACAAUAUGGAGAUGUUCGCCACUGGGCUGGCCAUUGACGCGCCAAACGGACGUCUGUACUUCGUCGAUAAGACCGUCAAAGUCGUCAUGAUUAAUGGGAAGCAUGUUUAUUCACUCUUCGAAGAGCCGUUCCACCACCCCUACUCCAUCUCCGUGUUCGAGAACACCGUAUUCUGGAGUGACUGGACCACCAACAGCCUGCAGACCACAGACAAACUGCAUGGAAGUGCGCAGAAGAGGAAUGUGCUCUUGACGCUUAAUGAACCUAUAUUUGGCAUGCACAUGUACCAUCCGGUCCUGAUGGACAGGAGUUCGAACCCGUGCAGUAACAACAACUGUUCCCACCUGUGUCUCGUCACGUCGAACGUCACGCACUCCUGCGCAUGUCCCGACGGUAUGGAGAUCGAGAAUAACGUGUGCCAUCAUGCUCCAGGCUACCGCGCCCAGUACGUGGUGGUGGCAGGCCAGCAACUCUUCACUCGCAUCCAGCACUCGUCGCUCGGCAACCCCGAGUGUCAUGCCACGCACUUCGAUAUAGGCCGAGUGCAGGCCAUGGCUUAUGAUAAUACUAGAGAUUCGCUAUUCAUCUACGACGGACAGCGUCGGACGAUAAACUACAUAAACAUGACGGACUUCACGCUGGGCAUCACGCACCUGCUCGUCUAUAACGGCCUGGAUAACGUCCUCGAUAUGGAUUAUGACUACGUGACGGACAAUCUAUACGUAUUGGACGAGGGUCGUCGCGUGGUGGAAGCAGUCUCCCUCAGGACUCAGAAGCGUGCUGUGGUGUACAGGUUCCAAGACCAGGAGGUGCCUAUCAGCAUGUGUGUGUUGCCGGAUUACGGGAGGAUGAUGGUGGCAGUAGUGGAAAGUGACAUGCACAAUGUCAUCCACAUCGACAGCAUCGGCCUCGACGGGCAGGACCGGAGGCACGUCAUUAUGAACAACUUGAGAGGUCCUCAUGUGCGUCUUCGCUACGUACAACACAUGGACUUGGUGUACAUAUCUGAUGAGAGCAACGGCGUCAUCGACUACAUGCAUCCUGAAGGUACCGGCAGAGAGAAUCACCGCGAGCUAUCGACAACUGUGACCAGUCUCGCCAUAGCUGAUAACUACGUGUUCUGGACAGACAGACGCACCACCAGACUCUUCUGGUCCGACAUACAUGAGACCUCGCAGAAAAUACGCAGGAUCGAUCUUGGUCUCUUCCCAAACAACACACAACUUCUAAUCCAAGCCACCACUGCCCCCCCGGAUCCGAAAGACCCCCUCUUAAACCACGUCUGCUUAAAGAACCCCUGUUCAGACGUCUGCGUGCAACAAGCACACGAGACCCCCCACCAAGACCCCCUACACUUCCAAAUGGGGUACAAAUGUUUGUGCCCCCCGGGGUUGUUAAUGAUCAAUGGGCAAUGCACGAAGUUAGAGGUCUGUGCUUCUGAUAUGAUGCUUUGCCAUAAAAGCAAUGUGUGUGUGAAGAAGAGUGCCAAAUGUGAUGGGAGGGUCGACUGUCCUAUGUCGGAGGAUGAAGAAGGGUGUAUAAUGGAACCAGCCCUUGCUUGUGCGCCGAAUGAAGUAUUCUGUCACGGCAUGUGCAUAAACAGAGAGAAAGCUUCACUGUGCUCCUUUUACCAAAAACCAACAGCCAUCAGUACAUGCAGCGACACAGAGUUCGGGUGCGCGGACGCGUCAGUGUGCAUCCCGCGCUGGCAGCAGUGUGACGGGCACGCGGACUGCCCCGACGCGUCGGACGAGCUGCCGGCCGACUGCGACACUCACUCCUGCGCAGACAAUGAGUUCAUGUGUGCAUCAGGCUCCUGCAUUUUGAAGACGUGGACUUGCGACGGUGAUCAGGAUUGCAAUGAUGGAUCCGAUGAAGUUGAUUGCGUGAACAUGACCUGCAGCCCAGGAUUUUACCAGUGUCGCGACAGAGAGUGCAUAGAGCUGCGAAGAAGGUGUGACGGUCACCAAGACUGCAAGGACUUCUCUGAUGAAGAAGACUGUGAGGAACCGCAAGUUGUCGAGUUUGUGGAGGAGUCCCCGCGUUGUGCUCCGUGGGAGUACGCUUGUGAACACAACACUAGCAUUUGUUUGCCGCUUACCGCCCGCUGCAACAUGAAGGUAGACUGCCCUGGCAGUACGGAUGAGCACGGCUGCGACUACCGCUGUGCCCAACACGGCAUGUUCGCGUGCGGCCAGCAGCUCCUGUGUGUCGCAAUGAGUAAGCUCUGCAACGGCAAGAGGGACUGCGUCGAUGGCUCUGAUGAGACCCCUGAUGCUUGUGCUAGAGUGAACAAAACAUCCCACCUGUUCCCAAUAGUACACUCCCCAGCUGACUGCAGCGAGGGUUUCCUCUGCGGCAGCGGGCAGUGCCUCGAGUGGACGCAGCUCUGUGACCACAAGCACGACUGUGUUGAUGGAUCAGACGAAGGUGGACUCUGUGAUACGGCCUGCAACAACAGCACAUGCUCCUACAAGUGCCAACCAACGCCCCUAGGCAGGCAAUGUGUCUGUCCCUUCGGCCUCAAGCUGUCCAAAGAUAAAACCAGUUGUGAGGACAUAGACGAGUGUUCCGAAGACGUCUGCUCUCAGGAAUGUGUGAAUGUGAAGACGAAGAUGCCUGAUGGCACUGUUAGUAAGAGGAUUAUGUGCACUUGUCACCAUGGGUAUGCUCCUAGGUCAGACCGUCGUUCGUGCAAGGCCAUCCGCGGGAAUAUGGCAAUACUGUACGUAUCGGGGAACACCGUGAGGUCCAUCUCAGCUGACGGCUACGGAGCCAUCGAGUACAACGAUAAGGAUACCUCUGCUAUCACCGAUAUAGAUUAUAAUGUCAGGGCAAAGAAAUUGUACGUGACAUCAGCUGAAGGAGGGAAACUAGUUGAAAUGAACAGCACCCACAAUAUCAUCGCAGUCACUAAUAUUGGAGUACCCUCACGUGUGGCGGUAGACUGGGUGACAGGUAACGUAUACUUCGUGGACACGACGCCCGCCAACAGCCGCGUGCGAGUCUGUCACGUCAAGAGGAAGCGAUGCGCUGUUCUGCAGAAACUGCCUUCUGAUGCUAAGGUAACCGCCCUCAUAGUAGACCCCAGCUCCAGCCUAAUGUUCUACUGCGUAACCCGAGAACUGGAGUCCGUGGUCUGGUCAGCCACUCUCGCAGGGCGUCGUGUCACCGACCUGACUACCGUUCGUAACUGUACCGGGCUGGCUGUGGAUAGCUUCAAGAGGAAACUGUAUGUGGCUGAGACUGGGCCUGCGCAUAUUAUACGGAUGGAUUAUGAGGGGAAUGGACACAAAAAGAUCUUAGCCGACCAUCCCCAACUACAAGCACCGCAUGGCCUGGCCAUUUUCGAAGACUACAUCUACUAUUUAGUAGCCAACUCCUUCCGUCUAAGCCGGUGUCUCCUCUUCGGGCCCAAACAUUGCGAGACGUUCAUCUUCAGAGUAUUUGACGCCAAUACCUUCGUGCUUAGCCAUGAGAGCAUACAGAGAGAUGAUGUGCAAAAUGCCUGCGAAGGUUUGACCUGUGAUAAUGUGUGCGCGUUGGAUGAGGAUGGCCCUAAGUGUCUGUGCGAUGAUGGCGCUUUUGCGAAGAAUGGACAGUGUCCUGCUGGUGAUAAGAAACUUCUUCCAUUGUUCAACGGCUGGUCGUACGAGGAGUUGGCUUCGGCCCACAGCGUGACGUUCACCGUCAUCAUCGCGGUCAUGGUAAUGGUGGUGAUCUACCUGUGCGUCUUCGUUUACUACCACUUCGUGUAUGUACCGAAAAGGAACAGGGCUUCGGCUUAUACGCAGGUGAGAUUCCAGAACACGUCUACGGAGUCGUCGCCCUUUCCUGCUGAUGCCGAUGCUGCAAUUCAGAUAAAGACGAAUGGUGGCAAAUCGCAUGAGUUCGUGAACCCCUUGCAGUACAUGAGAAACAUGUAUUACAGCUCCUUCAGGAAGAGUACUAGACCUAACACUGGAGGCCUACCUUUUACAAUGCCAGUGUCACCGCCCCAGCAGGAUUUGUCUGACACAGAAUCAGAUUUAGACGAUAAGGAAAGCAGGAGAAUGAUAAGAAAUUAACAGUCUAAUUAUUUAAUUAAGUAAAUAAUAUUUUGUUCUAUGGAUCUAAUUAUUUAUUUUAUUUAUAAAUAUGUGUAUUAAUGUUGUGGCUUGAAAUAAGCCUGUUAUUUGUUAAAUAAUUUUUAUGUUUUUACUUCAGAUUGAUAUUUUAAUACCUAAUUAUGAUUUAGCAUAAUUUCUGUGUAUUUAGAAUUUUUUAUACUGCUUUUGUAUGAAGUUGAUCUUAAUGAGUACAAAUAAAUGUUGAAUAUUAAA